AUGUUCGUAACCUUGAGCUAUGCUAUAAUUUCACCGGUAAAGAGAGGCAUCGACACGAACCUCCUCUCGAGGAUCAAUCUAAUGGAACAAUAUGCAGCAGCCGCUUAUUGUCCGAACAACUAUAAUUCACCAGGGAAUAGCGUGUCUUGUAGCUCGGGCAAUUGUCCACUCGUUCAGUCCGCAAACACCUCAACACUCGUAGAGUUCGCAAGCAAGCUCCCCACGGAUGUCACAUGCUUCGUUGCUGUUGACGACACGAACCGGCUUAUCGUGACCGCCUUUCGCGGCAGUCGCUCGAUAGACAACUGGCUGACCAACCUUCAAUUCGACUUGGUGGAAACCAACCUAUGCUCUGGCUGCCAAGCACAUAGAGGGUUCUGGCAGUCCUGGCUUGACUCUCGAACCGCCGUAAUGGCCGCUAUCAAAGAUGCGCGGAAACGACGUCCAGACUACACUCUCGUCACCGUAGGACACUCUCUUGGAGGUGCAGUAGCUUCUCUUGCUGCUGCACAGCUCCGCAAUGAAGGCUAUAACGUCGAUUUCUUCAGUUUCGGCGCACCCAAGGUUGGCGGUACAAAGCUUAGCGACUAUAUUUCUAACCAAUCCGGCGGAAACAAUUAUCGCGUCACUCACUGGAAUGAUCCAAUACCUCGUCUGCCGCCACAAGUCAUGGGAUAUGUUCAUAUCAGCCCGGAAUAUUAUAUCGACAGUCAAAACAACCGUGAUGUUAAGCCUGAUCAAGUCAGGCUUUGCUAUGGCGCGGUUAAUUACUUGUGCAAUAACGCCUGGCUCGUUACCGACAUUCUGGCGCACUUGUGGUAUUUCAAUGGCAUAACCAAGUGUGUUGCGGGCUGAAAAGCUCGGGGGCUUAAGAGCUCAGCAGAUGUGAGCGGCUUGAUGGGAUAGUAAUUGGGCUUCUCAGGAUUUUGGGGAUGUACUGGGGAAUGUGGAAAGAGGACAUCCGCGGUGGGAGAUUUCUGUGUGAUGAACAUGUUACGACAGGGGGAGUUUGGAAGGUUUGCUCGCUGCUGGG